CCGCGGGAGGGGUUGCCGCCCUCAGAAGAUGGCGGACGGCGAAACAGCUCCCGCUCAGCAGGAAGGGGAAAUGUCGGCGGCUGGCCCGGGUGUCCGGAGGGAGCGGCAGCACCGUGGCAGCGGCCGCCCGCCCAGCGCGAGAGAUUUGCAGUUGGCCUUGGCAGAGUUAUAUGAAGAUGAAGCUAAAAGGCAGUCAUUGCAUCCUGACAAACCAACAACAACAAAGAUGAGUAACUCAAAGGGUCUUAAAAUAGAUUCUUUUAGAAGUUUGAGAAAACCGGAGAGAAGCAUGAGUGAUGACAAAGAAAACCAAAGAUUUUAUUCAGGUGACUCAGAAUACAGAGGAUUACAAAUUUCUGGGGCUUCUAACAAUCCAAGUAAAAUUGUUGCUGAACUCUUCAAAGAAGCAAAAGAGCACGGGGCUGUACCACUAGAUGAAGCCUCAAGAGCAUCUGGCGACUUCAAUAAAGCUAAGUCAUUUUCUGGUGGUGGAUAUAGAUUGGGUGACUCGUCUCAAAAGCACUCUGAAUAUAUAUAUGGAGAAAAUCAAGAUGUUCAAAUUUUGCUGAAACUGUGGAGGAACGGCUUCAGUUUAGAUGACGGAGAAUUGAGAUCCUAUUCAGACCCAAUAAAUGCUCAGUUUCUUGAGUCUGUUAAAAGGGGGGAAAUUCCUGUGGAACUGCAGCGACUUGUUCAUGGUGGCCAGGUUAACCUGGAUAUGGAAGACCACCAGGAGCAGGAAUAUGUGAAGCCAAGACUGCGAUUCAAAGCUUUCAGUGGAGAAGGGCAGAAACUCGGAAGUCUUACACCUGAAAUAGUCAGCACACCUUCAUCUCCAGAGGAGGAGGACAAAUCCAUUCUUAAUGCACCUGUUCUGAUUGAUGACUCUGUUCCAGCAACUAAAAUUCAAAUCAGAUUAGCUGAUGGAAGCCGAUUAAUACAAAGAUUUAAUCAAACACACAGGUCCUGUGAACGGUUACCAGGGGGAAAAGGGCCAGCAGCUGCUAAUUGCUCAGCGCUCCAGUCCCUCUAAAACCCUCUGGAAGGCCUCUCAUCCCUCUCAGUUUAGCAUCAUCAGCUAACUUCUGAGGAUACACUCCAGUCCUGCAUCCAGAUCAUUGAUCAAAAUGUUGAGCAGACUGUAGAAUGGAGCCCUGGGGAACACCGCUGGUGACCGUCUGCCAGCUUGCAGCUCCAUUCACUACAACCCUGUGCAUGCUACCAUCAAACCAGUUCAUCAGCCAUCAUGGUGUGAAACUGUUUAUCUCAGAAUUGGUCAGCUUGUCCAGAAGGAUGCCAUGGGGAGCAGUAUGAAAGGUAUUAAUGAAAUCCAAAAAGAUUGUAUCCACUGGCUUCCCUUGAUGAACUGGUGUUGACUAUCCCUGAUAGUAUUUUUGUUGUUUAAGUGCCUUUCAAUGUCCCACAGGACAGUCUUCUCUGUAACUCUUUGGGGGACUGAGAUUAGAUCAAUAGGUUGUAGUUUCUUGAGUCUUCUCUCAUGCCCUUUUUGUCGAUGGAUGUAACAUUGGCUAGUUUCCAUUCAGCAGGGACUUCUCCUGACUUCCAUGACCUCACUUAAAAUUCUGAGAGAAGUCCAACUGUAACAUCUAAUUCCUUCAGUGCUCUGGAAUGAAUCCUGCCUGGCUCUGUGGGCUUAGAAAUGUUGAGCUAAUACAGUUGUUCCCUUACAAUUCCACUGACUACAGAUGUAAAGUCAGGGUCCUCCAACUCUGGGGUCCUGGCACCCCAAAAUCUAUCAUCGCUAUUAAAUAUCGAGGUGUUAAAUGCCUCUGUCUUUUCCUCCUUAUUCAGUGUCCCAUCUGCUCCAGUCAACUUAGUAGGCUGUUGUUUGGAGCUUGCCAUCACUUUUAUUGACAUUGUUGGGGCAUUAUCACAAAUGGUGUUGGCUAACCUCAUUUAUUUGUCUAAGAGAUUGUUUUAGAGCAAAGUUCUGCGAAGUUAUGCUUUGCACUUGCUGUUCUACGUGGCUGAGAGAACUUUGAGCAGGAGGCAGAGAUUUAGGUAGUGGUUCUACCCAUGCUUGACAGCAAGCAAGGCUCAAGUUAGCCCACUCCAAAAUCUGCAGUGUUGUGUUAGAACACAGCUGAAACUGGGCUUGAAUCUUGCCUUGAAGGUGAUCUUAGUAUUUUAGUGUGGACUCAGUUUCUUUGCAGAGCUGUUAUAUGGCUUUAAGAGUCCACCUGUUCUCUUUCUUCUUCCAUUUCGGUCUCAGAAUAAGGCCAGAGCCAAUUUGCAGCUUUCUUCACCUGACAAAAUACAUAGACUACAAGAAGGUAAUUUUAGCUGAGGUGCCAAUAGAUGAGAAGUUUCAGCAAUAAUGUCUCAUACUUAGUAGACUUGAUAGUACCAGCCCAGGCUCUUCCUUCCCAGCACCAGUUGGAGAAAUUACUUAACAGUAUGGCUGCUAGAGAGGCUCUGUAAUCAUGAUGUUUUAUGUUCUCUGCAUUGAAGGGUAGAAGUGGUAAAUUCCCAGUCACGUCUGUAAGAAUGGCUCUGUUGACAGAAGCUUAUUCAAUAAUUACUAGUGUUCUCUUAGUUAUUUUUGCUGAUGCAUGAUCAAAAUGGCUUCCUGAAAUGCAUUGCUUGCAUCAUAAGCCUUGAAGAUAGAAAGUUAAAGUCCCUGCUUAUUUGGUUACAGUAAAUCUACCUACUUAUCGUUCAGUAGACCUUCGAAGAUGUUUUAUUGCUGAGUUGUUUUUUAUCUCUAAAAAUCUUACUUUCAUCCAUGUCUUAUAAAACUAAAUUAUUAAAACUAAAUUGUAUUUGCUAUGCUGUGUCUGUUUCAUGAACUGUUGUUUGCUAGUUCAAUACUAAGUGAAAAGAGGGGAAACCUACUUGCUAUUGAGGUGCAUUAAUAAUUCCCCUCUGCUUUCUCAUCACCAUAUGUUGUAAGAUCUUUCCUUCCAUUAUUAUUUUAACCUUUUUGGUGUAUGCUAAUUAAUAUAGGGAUUUUUUUUUUUUUUUUUGCACUUGGAAUUGAAAUUACUUGAAUUAUGUUAAAUAUCAGUUUACAAUGCACUUCUAUGUUAAUACUUUUAUUUCUCUUAUUUGAGAAAACAAGAGGCAUUAAAAUUAAUUCUUCAGGUUUUGCCUAUAAGAAGUAAAGUAUUUCUAGGCUGCAACCCAUAGCACUAUGGAUGAAAUUGAAAAGUAAAACCAAUAGGACAUACUAAACAGUUUUUCAAUCUGUUAGAAGGUUGUGUUGUCUUCAGAGAUUCAGAUUGGAAUGGAAUCAUACACAGCUUUCAUGUCCUAUCCCUU